CUCUCCCCCAGUGUCUGAGUUUGCAGCUUAAUACUUCCUGUCAAGUUAACGGAACUCUUCAACUCCAUUCUUCAUUAGGCCUCAAAUUGUAGGGUUACAGUUAACCAGCCAUAACUCUGUUCCUCAAUGGUGUGUCGCACUUUUGUAGAUAAAAUGUUCCGGAUGAUUUUUCUGCUAUUAAUGGCUGUUUGUCCAGGACACGGAAGAGAUUACGGAAACUUUCCAAACCCGACAAUAACAUUGGAACCUGUGACUGGCCUGGCCCUACAGGGUGGGGUUAUCAUUGUCAAGUGUGAAACGCACACUGAAGAUCCAAAAAAUGUCUAUCUGUUUCAAAAUGGCAGGAUCAUUUACAAUGUUACAUCUAGCUUGAGCUCGUCUGUAGCCUACACCAUCGUCAACAUAACUUCCCAACAUCUUGGGAAUUACCGUUGCUUUUAUGCAAACAUUUACGAUCGCCGUCAGAAAUCAAGGCCGAGUACUCCUGUCCGAUUGUCCAUAUUGGGUGGAAUCAAGGCACCUUUGAGUGUCCUCCAGGUAUAUCCAGCAGCUGAGGUCACAGAAGGCGAAACUUUCACAAUGACUUGCCUCACUGCCGCCAGCAGUCGGUGUUUCAUCUUCAAGGGGAAACAAAAUGAGCAUUUCCAAAUUAAGGAAGAGAAGAGCAACGUAACUAUCACGAUAGGGAAUGUGACCUAUUGUGAUGAGGGAAAUUACUCAUGUUACUGCCUCAUUGAUGUCAGUGGUAAAACAGUCUUCACUGCCCAGAGUGACUGGUUGCAAGUAACUGUGAUGGACCGUGAAGAACAAAUCAAUGAAGCUGUAGCAGCAGAGAUAAAUUCCAGUCUUAUAUUGCCAAUAGCAUUGGCUUCCACAACUUUCAUAGUACUUAAUCUGAUGUGUGCCUUUUUGGCAGUCUGUCUGUCCACGAAAAAAGGAACUACACUGCAUCCAGCUCACCAUGGAGAAACGGAACUACAGGACUGUAACCAAUGAACAACAUCAACAGUUUUGAAGAGAAGAGCGGAUGUUAUUUGAUGACCUGCAGGCAACCUGCUGAAACUAGAAUGGGGAAAAGGGGGUUUUGAAAUGGUACAUGCCCAGGAAAGGAAGCGAAUGCUUUAGACAAUGCCUUAGAGUUGUGAAUGCAGCUCAGUCCAGCCUUUCUUCCAGCAACUCUGUGUACUUCCUGCUGCUUCAGGAAAGCAUCCAACAUAAACAAAGAUCUCCCCACGCCAAAGAUCUCUUCCAUCGGGCAGAAGAUACAAAAAGUUGAAACAUGGAUUAAAAUAACAGCUUCUUUCCUGUUGUUAUCAGGAAUGUGAAAGUAUCUCUGAUAUAUUCCAGUUAACCUUUCUCUGCACUUUCUAUGUAGCUAUCACAAUAUAUUUUGCAUUUUGUUCUAUUACCCUGAUGUACAUGUAAGGGAUGAUUUGUCUGGUUAGCAUGUCAAUAUCUCAAUAUUAAAUUGAACCAAUUCAAAAUCAAAUCAAACGUUUUGUGAAGGGCAAACACGAGGGGAAGCAGGUCCGAGAGAAGACUGCAAGAAAUGGAAACAUUCGCCACCAAGACUACAUACAGUUUGCUUUCCCACACUGGACUCUCAUGACCUGCCAUGAAAUUUGAGUCUGUUCUGCCUUCGAAAUGAAUCAAUUUGGCAAAGUUUUUGAUUGCUUCCUCCGUCUCUCCCACUGUUGGCAUUUUGUACGAUUUGGAACUUCCCCUGAAUUCUGGUCACCUUACCUGAGAAUUCCAACUGUGUGUUCAGACGUUGAGACUGCUCCCACAGCUGCAGCAAUGAAACAGUUCUUCAGGCAACAUGACACUUCUUCUCUUCAGUGUGAGAGUUUAUCCCUGUAUGGAAAGUCCUGCUAACGGAAAGUGCCUGAUUAUUUUAAUUGGAGAGAGAUGCACAGUUCUCCAACUCAAUGAAGAGGUAGAAACCUGCAAAUGGAAUAGACUGAAUUGAAAUUGCUAUCAUUUUUGUUGCAUUAUUGAUUUCAUUUUAUUUGUACGUAACAUGCUCAAUAAAAGCAGAAAACACUUAA